AAACAAAUUGGAGUAUUAAUUUAAAGUGCAGUAGUCAACCAUUUUGUACAAAUGGGUAAGAGUAAACUGUUGUGAACAUGUCUGAUAGUAUAGGAAGUGAAUAUCUAGGUAGAAAUAUGGUUGCUGGAGCUGUAGCUGGGGUUAUGGAGUUGGCUGUGAUGUACCCAAUAGACACUGUAAAGACGAGGAUGCAAAGCCUGUCAGGUACCACUUCGUACCGGAGUAUCGGAGAGGUGCUGCAACGGAUGGUCUCGCAGGAAGGGAUCCUCAGGCCAGUCCGAGGCAUGGGCGCUGUCGUCAUGGGGGCAGGACCGGCACAUGCACUCUACUUCUCAUGCUACGAGUACCUCAAGGAGAAUAUGACUCACCGUGGACUCAACAACCAUCUCGCAUAUGGAGUGGCAGGCUCUGUUGCGACAGUGUUACAUGAUGGGAUAAUGACACCAGCAGACGUGGUGAAACAAAGGAUCCAGAUGUACAACAGCCCUUACAAGAACCUGCUGGACUGUAUUAUCAGAGUGUAUAGGGCCGAAGGGUUACUAGCAUUUUACCGCUCGUACACGACACAAUUGGCCAUGAACUUACCUUUCCAGAGUUUCCAUUUUGUGAUGUACGAGCUGUGUCAGAACUUGUGGAACCCGGAGCGCACGUACAACCCUGCGGUACACAUGGCCAGUGGAGCCAUCGCAGGGGGAGUAGCGGCAGCCAUCACCACCCCUCUUGAUGUCUGCAAGACUCUGCUCAACACUCAGGAGGGCACUGUAAAAGUGUCAGGUCUGGUAAAUGCAAUCCAGGCAGUGUACAAGAUAGGAGGGCCUCUGGGAUACUUCCGGGGUAUGAGUGCUCGCGUUAUCUACCAGAUGCCUUCCACCGCCAUCUGCUGGUCGACGUAUGAGUUCUUCAAGUACAUGCUCACAACACCCGUUGCGGUAGACAGCAUUGGGGAAACACCGGAGGCAGAGAGUCCACCAAAGUCAAGGGGACCGGCACCUGUCUCUGAGUCCUGGCCUCGGGAACUGCCCGCCAUGUCAGGUGCCGGCAUGUACGGUACCCUGAGCUUCACCACCGUGCACACCACUGAGCGCUCCUUGGAUAUCACCCACAGUUAGACCGACGUCAUGUAAAGCUUGAUUGUAUACGAAUUUAUUUUGUAAAUAUUCUGUUAGUAUAAACAUUUGAAUUUAAA